CAACAUCAUAUUGUCAUCCUCCAUCUGUACUCGUACUUUUUCUCAACUCUCUUACUCAGCCCUCCAUAUUCAAUCCCCAUGCCUCCAAUCCAACAGGCCCCCAACCCGCUCCCCAGGAUCAUAACCUACUACCAAACCCACCAUGAUUCUGCUGGCAGACCCAUCUCUGUCCUACCACUUCUCACCCAGCCCGGCAUCUCAUUAACUCAUGUCAUCUUAGCCGCAAUUCAUCUAAACGAGGAUCCCAAUCAUAUCACACUCAACGACCAUCCUCCUCAUCAUCCUCGCUUCGAAACGCUGUGGGCCGAACUCCGUAUUCUCCAGGCCUCCGGGGUUAAAGUCUUGGGCAUGCUUGGCGGAGCGGCCAAAGGAUCAUAUACACGAUUAGAUGGCUCUAGCGAGCAAUUUGAACGAUAUUACGUUCCUCUUCGUGACAUAAUCCGUGCACGAGGCCUCGACGGCCUAGAUCUAGACGUUGAAGAGGAGAUGUCAUUGGGCGGCAUCAUCAAUCUCAUUGACCGUUUGAGAAAUGAUUUCGGCAAAGGUUUUAUCAUCACCAUGGCGCCCGUUGCCGCCGCCCUCCUUGAUCAUAGAAGUAACCUCAGUGGUUUCGAUUACGAGGCCCUUGAAGUUAUGCGCGGCAAAGAAAUUGCAUGGUACAAUACUCAAUUCUACUCUGGCUGGGGUGAUAUGAGCAACCCCAUCAUGUAUGAAAUGAUUCUCCGUAAAGGCUGGCCCGCCGAAAAGGUUGUAGUUGGCCUCAUUACAAACCCAGAAAAUGGCAAUGGGUUUGUCAUGUGGGAGUUCCUCUCGAAUGUCUUGGCUCUGCUUCGAGGACGUCAUGAGCGCUUCGGCGGAGUCAUGGGGUGGGAGUACUUUAAUAGCCUUCCUGGUGGUAGGGAGAGGCCGUGGGAAUGGGCGAAGCAGAUGACGUCUAUUUUGAGAAAUGAUGUUCCUUUACCGAGCACCAAUCCUCCACCAAUCAAUGAGGCGACGAAGCCGGUGCUGGAGGCUGAUCCUGAUGCUCCCAACGAUAAGCCGAUCCAAGUUCCCAGCCAAUUCGAUUACUAUUCAGAUGGAUCAGAUAAUUAAGAACGGAGCAAACUUACAUUCGAUUGCACUACAAUACUAGACAAUAUAGCAAAUGGCAGAACACAGUAAGACCAGUGAAUGAGAUUGCUGGCUGGCGUCUGUGAGACAUCGUAGCCCCGAGAGCGGUUACGUCGGUAGAAAAAUUGAACAAAAUGGGGUUUUAUUAGAGCAACAUACAUACAUCUAUAGCAUUGAGCAACUAGUGUAAAGAUAUGACUCUUCAUCCUCUUCAGUCAUUUAGAUAGAUGAUUGCAGCACACUAAGUGAUAGUAACGUGUUGAUGCGUAUAGAUACCGACAGUUACAAACGAAAAGAGAGAAAUCGUCGAUACUCCUUAGGUGCAGGCCAUCCAGGGGCUGCACUGAGCCUCGAUGGUAAAGUUGCUGUAUACUGGAUAGCUGCCCUCCACGGCAGCAAUGAUGG